AUGCCACCAAGAAGGAAUGUUGAGGGACAAAACGCUCAAGGAAAUGAUGUCCCUACUAAUGUUGAGCUUGCCCAGGGAUUGCAACAGUUGACUCAAUUGACCCAAGCCUUGGGAAAUGCGCUACUUCAAAAUCAAAAUGGAAAUGACGUGGCCAAGCGUGUGGCAGCACGCCAUCCACCAAACUUCUUGGGGCAAGAAGAUCCUAUCAUCAUGGAAGAUUGGAUCCGCACAUUUGAUAAGCUGUUUGAUGCCGAGGCUGAUAACUGGUGGGCUAAUGUUGGACCGGUACUACGCCAGCAACCCAACUUUGGUUGGGAGACUUUCAAGGAGGAGAUGAGAGGAAGAUUUUAUCCAGCCCAUGUCAAGAUGGCCAAAUAUGAUGAAUUCCUACACUUGAGACAGGGAAGCAUGACAGUUCAAGAAUAUUAUGCUAAGUUCUUGGCACUAGCGCGAUUUGCACCUACUUUAGUUCUGGAUGAGCCUAGAAAGGCCGAGAAGUUUAUUAAUGGACUGAAUUUUGAGACACGAAAGGUUGUAUGUGCAUUGACGUUCCAGACCCUGAACGAGGCCUAUAGCAGUGUUGCCAGUCAUUAUCGAGUGCAGCAGAUCCAGAAGGACAUAAAUGGAAGGAACAAAAGGAAGGUAGAUGACGAUGUGCAGCAAGGAGAUAAGCGACCUAAGUUUGAGUCUGCUGAGCCAAGCCGAAAUUUUCAAAGAAAUAGUAGCAACAAUAAUGGCAGAAAUCGUCAAGGUCAAGGGCAAGGAUUUGUGAAGAUGAAUCAAAUGGGGGACAUGCACUUUAAUUGUAGGAUAUGCAAGAGGGAUCACCCAUGA